UAGCAGGCUUAGGCGCUUAGCUUGCAAGACGCAACAAGUGGGUUGUGUGCAUUCUUAUCCUUUUCACCGUUCUCUAGUCUCGCCCUUCUUCUAUUGCUCCGGCAAUGGCAAUCUCUCGUGAACUUCUCAUCUGAAUCUCUCUUUCUUUUUCGAAAGGGAUCGAAGUUAGCAGAAAUGUUAUCUCUUCAUUCAACGCAGCAGUUCAUUGCUUCCACUCUCCCUAAGAUGGCCCUGAGAACUACUUCUCCACUUCCACAGAGACUCAAGUGGUGGCCGUUGCAACAGAGGAUCUGUCCCCGCAUGUUGAAUUCUAGACCACAUGGAUACCAUCAAUUUCAGAAUACCAGGUCCACUGUCUCAUGCACAAUAAACAUGGCCGCAGGACAGUCAGAUGGGCCCAAGAAAAUGAAUCUGGACCAAGCAAUCGAGAAGGCAAGGAAGAUUUGGGAAAGUUUUCCCGAACCAGUCAGGAGGUUCCCCUGGACCAGAGCUUUGGAGAACUUUAUUCAGUUCAAUCUUGACCUUGUUUAUGCAGUUGCAAAGUACUUAAGUGUACCCUUUCUGGUGGUUUCCACACUGAGCGAGAUGUCCUACUGUGCUCAUGAAAGGAAGAUGCGUCUGAUACCCAUUCCCAUACUCGCAGGGAUUGCCGUUGCUGGAGUUUUGAGGGAGACAGCAUUAGAAAUAUCUCCAAGUCUUAAGAGAGCUGAAUAUCCUUGGCAUCUUCUUGCCAUUGCAAUCUUCUUUACAUUGCUCAAACUCCCAGGGCCUUAUUACCCAUACUGGGGACGCAUAUUGAUUCCUCACUUCGCAAAUGGUGGACUAUUCAGUAUUUUAUGGUUCGCUUUUCUGUGGUAUAGAAGGCCCCAAGGGGAAGAAACCUUGCAACAUACUUCUCCAGAUGGAACUCAUUCUGAAGAGAAGAAGCUGUGAUGCUAUUGUGGAUUUGUGGGCAAAACUUGGAGCAGAAAGGAGGGAUACCUGCCAGUUGAUCGUUCUCUUCAACAUUUCUUAGCUUUGGCAUUGGAAGAGUGCCUUCUGGCCCAUCACAUACUGGGUGGCUUCAUUUGUUUCCCAAGCAGAGUAUGGUGUUAAAGGCGAAUCAUCAGUCCCCUCCGGAACAUUCACUUGUUUAGCCGGUUGUACAACUCAUCCAAUUUUCAGCUACUUCGUUCAGCCAAAGAAAUGGAGGAAGGCAAACAUUCAGGUUAAUGUAGAGAUGACGAGGAGGUAGCGUAGUUGAUAUUACUUUGUUUAUCAUUAUAUGGUAAUUGAAUUGAAUGCCUUUUCUUUGUAGUUGAGUAAGAUAAUUUGGCUGGAGAUGAUGGAAAACUAGAAACAGUUUUGAAUGCAUGAAAGUUGAGUUGAUAGUUGUA